CCCUUACAAGGAUUUACACAAUGCGAAUCGAACUGUAGGCCAACAGUGUGUUAUCUUUUAUCAGGCAGACUCGCUUAAUACUGUAGAGUACUAUUAAACUGUAAAACCCAUCAGCUGCAAUCGGGUGUGUAAAUAAAUAGUGUACCACAUUCUUCUGUGUGUAAUCAUUGUAAUGGAAUGAUUUUAGAAUGUGUAGGAGAUGAUUCUCACUGCUGUCUGGCAAAUAGAAACAAUUAUCUACUACUGAAACACCAACAUCAUAGACAUGGCGGGGAAGAGACAUUGUUCAUUGUUUUGUUCACCACAACCUAUAGCUAGGCUGGUACAGAUAUUCCCAAAACUUGCGAUAAUUUUCUUUGUGAUUCAUUUCACUGUGAUAAUCUACUCAUUUUUGAGCCCCUCACCACAUGCAAUGAAGUCCAACGACGUCCCACCUGGAGUUGUUGAUGAUAAGAUGCAGUCAGUUGGAAAUCAUAUUAGAAUUAAUGCAAAUAUAAAUGCUAGUGAUAAUAAUAUAUUGCAUCAAAGACAUAAUGAUGUCUCUUCAAGCAACAAGACCAAGUCUUUGUUACUUCAGAAACUCAUCCCCAAUGGUAUCCAUGGUAACAAAGGUAGAAAAGAUUCCAACAUAGAAGUUAAUGUUCACAAGAGGAGUAUAGAAAGAUGAGAAGGAUUACUACUAGUAUGAUUUAUAGUUUAUAUGCAUGCUGGAUUUUUUUGUGAUGUUACUAUGGCAACAAUUUCUGGUAACAAUGAAAUACAAAGAGCAAACACAAAGAGCAAAUAGUGUUAGACCGGUGAUAAAGAUAUGUACAUACAAAUGCAUGAUUAAAAGAAGAUUUUGUAUCAGAGCAACAUUUUUGAAAGGAAGCUUCUUCAAGAUGGUACAUGUGAUAAAUACACAUUAUAUAUUGUUUAAUUGAAAUGUAUUUGAUGUGAUGCUUUACUCCAAAAUUAUGUUUGUAGCUAGACUUAUAUUUUACAAUUUUGAUACAUUCAUGUUAGAUAGAUUAUCAAUAUCAUUACUAUGCAAAGCAUUAGUGCCAUAUUCGUAUUUAGGCAACACUAUGCCCAUUUUCAUUCUUGUUAAACUGAAUUAAGUAUUUUUAAAACAAUGUCUUUUAUAAUGAUGGUUUGUUUACCAAAAAUUGAUAAUUACAAAUAUUUAAAUAACUUCUUAAAAGACUGUACCACAUAUUUUACUGAUCCAUUCCAAGGAAAUAUACAGAUCAUGUUGGAUAUUGAUAGUUAAAACAGAGCAAUAAAACUGAAAACAAUCAAAGUUAAAUUUUGCAGAUAAUAACUGAUUGAUAGCUGGAUGGGCAUUAUUUCAUUUCGAGAUCUCACUUCUUUACAUUAAUUAAUCUUAAAAUUUGAUAUUUGUUGUUAUAAGAACAAUUUGCCAGUUAGUCAAGUAAGAUGAUGUAACCUAAUGUUAACCUUUUUUCUUGCAACUACAACAUAUGAUGUAGCAUCUAGACUUAGUCCGGCUGGUGUUCAUCCUAAAAGAAUGUAUUGCAUUAUAAUAACAAUUAACUCUUACCAUGCUAAAUAUCUGAACUGGACUUGUCCAUCUUUCAACCAGGACAAAAUCAUUCAUCAUUUUGGGUGGAAAUUUUCAAAAGACUUAAUAACGAGUAGUGCAGACCAUGAUUGGAAGGCAUGCACAUCUCGGUCUGCACUGGUUACAUUAAAGAAUUUUUUGCUGAUAGCAAGGUAAGAGUUAAAGAAUCAUAAAAAAUGGCAUUUUCAGAAGAUAUCAAAUAUACCAAUGAUUAUAGUGAUAUGAAUUUUGCAUUUAAGUAUUUUUUUAUGAAAAAAAACAAAAAACAAAAACAAACAACAACAGCAAGUGUUAAAGAAUUAUAACUGGAGCAGUGCGGCUUGCCUUCCAAAACUAACCAGUCUUCUCAAGAUUUGUGAUUCUUCUGAUGUAAUCAGAGGAGGAUACAAGUAUAGUUAGGUACUUUCCAUAGAAGGUGAACACAAUGAGUAUACUAAUGAUGGUGUUCAAUUUGCCUUUUCUCAAUCAAGUUUUGGGUUUUAUAUAGUGUAGUUAUGUUUUUAGCUCACCUGAGCUUGCUCAGGGUGGGCUUUUAGGAUCAUUGAAUGUCCGUCAUCCAUUGUCUGCCACAUUUGUUCUUUAACACUCUAGUGGUCACAUCUUUGCCUCAAUCAUCAUCAAACUUUGUCAGGAUGCUUGUCUAGGUAAUUGCUCGGAUGAGUUAGAACAUGGGUCAUCUCGGAUGAAAAACUAGGUCACAGUAGCUAAAAAUAGAAAAAUCUUGUUAACACUCUAGUGGCUACUGUUUUCAUCCAGAUAUCCUGGAAAUUGGUCUGAAAGUUUGUUUUGAUGAUUUCUAGGUCAAGUUUAAAAAUGGGUCAUCUGGAGUCAAAAACCAGAUCACACUGCUCAAAUAUAGAAAAACCUUGUUAACACUCUAGAGGCCACAUGUUUUACUAAACUGUCAUGAAACUUGGUCAGGAUGCUUAUCAGGGUUAUUGCUCAGAUGAGUUUGAUGGGUCAGGUGAGUGAUUUAGGGCCAUCUUGGCCCUCUUGUUUCUUUGUAUGUGUCAUUUGACAGCUCAUUUAAUGAGUUAACAAUCAGUGAAGUUAUAAUAGUUGAAAUAAUAGAUAAGUUACCAUGAUUAACAUGAUCUGUUUUAUUUGCUUGUCAUGUAGUUUCCAAAUCAAUUACAUUCCAAUAAGAUUA